AUGUCAAAUAAGAGAAAGGUAGUUAUUGCAUUAGAUCCUUUUUCUGACGAGGCUUCGUAUACUAUAGAUUGGAUAAUUGAUAAUUUCCUUAAGCCUGAACGAGAUGAUAUACAUUUAUUUUCAGCUCUGAGUCUAAAUCUUGAACUUGACCCAACUGAAUUAGGUGUGAAUAUAAACUAUGGAGCAAAGUAUGUCGCUGAUCUGGAAAAAGAAGUAGAACAAAAGAACACUGACGCAAUGAUACCAUUCGUUAACAAGUUAAAAGCGAGAUAUGAAUGUAAUAAUGAUCUUGCUGAAAUCAAAUGUAAAGUAGAAAUAAUAAAAUCGAACUUAGAUCCUCGAAAUAUAGUUGUAGACUAUACUGAAAAAGAGAAAGCUGAUGUGCUUAUAAUGGGAAGUAGAGAUUUGUCAGCGUGGAAAAG